UCUCGUGGUUAUAGCCACUCUUCUGUAUCUUUCCCUAUUUCUCUCCCUCUCUUUCUCAUGGUAGAUCAUCCUGACAAUAUUCUAGGCAUACCAACGGGUGCCCCCAUUUCUGUGCAGAAAAAGCAAGCUUUCAAUUUUAAAGAAUUUUGCAAAGCCUGUCUAUCAAUAGUCACCAGAUGGCAUCGUUUUAAGAGAAAAUCAUCUCCAACAUUUCCAGGGGAAGAAGAAUUAGAAGCAAAAUUUGAAGCCAUCAGCCACGGUCCUGAGGAACUUGGUUACGAUACAGAAGACGAAAAGACGAUGAAUGGAAUCCACAGUUUAAGAUACAAUGCUGAUAAUAUGCGAGGUGACAAUCCUUCGAGUCCAAGAGGAUUCUUCAAACAUAAAAGCAUGGAUGGCUGUUUUCCUAAUAUAUCUUCUCCUCUGUCAAGAACUGGAAGCCGAAAGAGCCCUUCUCUGAAACCUCCUUUUCUAAAGAGAAACAUGAGCAGGAGAAGUACCGAUUCUCAUCAUGGCUCCUCCGCAUCUCUCUCGAGAAAUGCAAGCCGGAAUAGCACCAGCAACAUCAUGUUUUCAAACUCAACGGGAAAGAUGAAACCUCCGGCUAUUGAAAGGCCUCUCGAAUGCACGCUUGAUGAGUUAUGUUAUGGAUGCAUGAAAAAGAUCAAGAUAACAAGAGAUGUCAUUACAAACACAGGGCAGAUAAUUCAAGAAGAAGAAAUAUUAACAAUAAAAGUGAAGCCGGGAUGGAAAAAGGGAACGAAGAUCACAUUCGAAGGAAUGGGAAAUGAGAGACCUGGCAGUUGCCCAGCUGAUAUAAUUUUCGUGAUUGCUGAGAAACGACAUUCUUUGUUUAGAAGGGAAGGAGAAGAUCUGGAAAUAGGAGUAGAAAUUCCACUAGUGAAGGCCCUAACUGGCUGCCAAAUCUCAAUCCCUUUGUUGGGCGGUAAGAAAACGAGUUUGUUGAUCGAUGAUAUCAUUUACCCUGGCUAUGAAAGGAUCAUAGAAGGUCAAGGCAUGCCAAACACAAAAGAGCAAGGAAAGAGAGGAAGUUUGAAAGUUGUUUUCCUAGUAGAAUUCCCGACAGAACUGACAGAUGAACAGCGGUCAGAUAUUCUUAGUAUUCUACAGGAUUCUUCUUGAAUCCAUUCAGUUUUCCAUAGGAGUCAAAAACCAUUUUCUCUGUUUUGCCGUUACAACCCAGUUGAUCAUCCUAAAAUAUACCUAGAAUCUCUAUGGUAUACCUCUUCUCUGGCAAUUGACCAAAUAUUUGGUCCAAGUGAUAGUAGUUUGCAAGUUCAAUGGAAACUGUCACUAGUAGAAGAUUCAUGGUACUUGUUUAUAUAUUAUUGGACCCCUUACAAGUGAAUUUCUUUUUCCCA